AUGGCGCACGCACCCUUGCUGGCGGCUCAUGCGCGUAUAUCGGCGGCGCAGCCGCCCGUGUCGGCGGCAGCGCACGCGCCCUUGUCGGCGCAAGCCGCCGCGCUGCUGCUCUCCGCAUUCUCCAUCGCCGCGCGCGCGCUGAUCGGCGCGCUUCACCUCCUCCUCUCCGCAUUCCUCCUCCACGUGGCAUCAAUCGCCGCGUCCGCCGCGUCGCUCUGCAUCUCCCCGCUCUCUUCCCUCUUCCACGUGGCAAACGCAAACGCCGCGUCGCCUUCAGACGCUUGUAACGGAUCACCGCACGAGCCUCUCCUUAGCGCAGAUGCCGCGGUUUCUCCAUCUCCCACCGCCGCCGGCGGCGGAGGCGUAGGCGGUUGCAACGAGGAGCUAAAAAAACGCAAUGCCAUUGGCCAGCAGUAUCCGCCGCUGUUGCUGUACGGCGGACACGUGGCACAUCAUAGGAGCCACCCGACGCGCCACGGCUUUAACUACGCGGUGCGCUACGCGCUGGUGAACCUCGACGCGCCUCCUGAUUGGUUCGUGCGGUCGUCCGCGCAGCACCACAUGUCGGCCGACGAGGCGCGCUCGUUCGCCGGGACAGAUGGGCCCAUCUUUCUGUUGACCAACCCAACGAGCAUGGGAUACGAGCAGAACCCCAUCAGCGUCUACUACUGCUACCGUGCCUGCAGCAGCAGCACUGCCACUGCCACUGUUGCCAACAGUGGCAGCAGCAGCAAGAGCGAGGGGGGACAGUGUGAGGAGGCGCUUUUGCCCCCUGCUGAGUCCCUGGCAGUUUGCAUUGGCGAGGUGUCCAACACCCCAUGGACCGACCGAGUCACCUUCCUCUUCGCCCCGCUGCUAGACCACGUGCCCAAGCCCCUGCACGUCUCGCCCUUCAUG